UCUAAUUCGAUUAAAUUGCGCCACGUGUACAAUUCCCAAGUGCGUGUGUACACAGAAUCAUAAUCCGCCAGAGUACCGAAACUUUUCUCCCUCGAUUAUAUCGCAUCAGCGCUACAUCUCUCAUCUUUUCCCCGCCGAAAAUCCCUCAUUAAAAAUUCCUUCUUUCUCAUUUCUUUUUCCCUCCUUCCAAACCCUCCAAAACCCCAACGAAGCAGAUCCAAAAAGCGAAAAGUCCAAAACCCCCUUCGCCGUCCUCCGUAUUUACGCCCUCUGCCACUGAGAGACAUGGGUGGUGUCACAUCGUCCGUCGCGUCGAAGUUCGCCUUCUUCCCACCCAACCCUCCUUCCUACAGUCUCACUGUAGAUGAGUCUAACGGUAAGACGAGUCUGACGGGCGUCUCGCGCAGGGAAAACGUGGACGUUUUGAAGCUCUGCACCAAUAAAGGGACGGAGAUCGUCGCGAUGUACGUCCGUCAGCCUUCCGCGCGAUUGACGGUGCUUUACUCGCAUGGCAACGCUGCUGAUCUGGGGCAGAUGUACGAGCUCUUCUCGGAGCUCAGCGCGCAUCUCCGAGUCAAUCUCAUGGGGUAUGACUAUUCUGGGUAUGGGCAGUCGUCCGGAAAGCCAAGUGAACAAAAUACUUAUGCGGACAUUGAGGCUGCUUACAGAUGUCUUGAAGAGACUUAUGGGGCACAGGAGGAAGACAUCAUUCUGUAUGGUCAGUCGGUUGGUAGUGGCCCUACUUUGGAACUUGCAACUUGCUUACCUCGAUUGAGAGCUGUUAUUCUGCAUACUCCUAUUCUAUCGGGCAUGCGCGUUAUGUAUCCUGUGAAGCGUACAUACUGGUUCGACAUAUAUAAGAACAUUGAUAAAAUUCCACUUGUCACCUGUCCUGUUCUGGUAAUUCAUGGAACAGCAGAUGAUGUUGUAAGUUGGUCCCAUGGUAAGAAGCUUUGGGAGCUUUGUAAAGAGAAGUAUGAACCCCUAUGGAUUAAAGGAGGAAAACACUGUGAUUUGGAAAAUCAUUCAGAAUACAUAAAGCAUCUGAAGAAAUUCAUCUCGGCCGUUGAAAAAUUAUCCACCCCUAGAAAUGGAUCUAAUCAGAUCACCGAUCUUUCAGAGACUCCUCGCACCAGCUCCGAUCGUUGGGAGCUCUCAAGGAAGAGUACUGACAGUAGAGACUGGUCUAAGUCAAGCACAGACCGUAGAGAGGUGUCCCGCAGCAACACUGAUAGAAGAGAGAAAUCAAGAAAAAGUGCGGACCUUUCCGAGAAGGGUAGAAACAGCACCGACCAGCCUGAGAAAGGGCGGAAAAGCUUUGGAGAAGUGAUGAAAUCAGUGUGCAAUAUUGAUUGUUUCAAAGAUCCAGAGUCCCAGGAAAAUAAGAACGACGACUAGAGCCAAUUUAUCCAGCGAUCAAUCAUCAAUGGAUGAAUCUUUGUUACAAAUUAACAGGAAAGUAAGAAAUCGGCUGUGGGUCGGUUAAAACCCCAUCCGGUGGGCCGCAUCGUGGCACAUGUGGAGGUAUGCGAGAGAUGAUCUCAAUCACUGAGAGGUGGCCCAUGGAUGGUGGAGAUUGAAGCAUUCCCCACUUUCAGGCCGAUGUUGCUUUUCAUUCAAGGUCGCUUUCUUUGGCAUUAUCUAUUUUUCAUGCCUUCUUUACCUUACAACCUGUGGACACCAGUGGUGUGGCCCAUCCAUCUUGUGACCUCACUAUGGAUAAGCUGUGGCCCAAAAAGCGCAUUGAUCAUAACCGUGCCUGAGUGGGCCAUCAAUGAUUGAAUAAUAAAUGGACAUCAUUCUGAUA